AUGGUUAAGAAUUGCCUUAACAGUUCCUUCAAUUCCUUCGGAGCUGAAGCUAAAAUAAUAAUUACUGCUGACCAAGGGGUGCGAGGUGGCAAAUUAAUUGAAUUGAAGAAAACGGUUGUGACAGCGGUUGAAAAAUGUCCGACUGUUAAAACUAUUCUCGUAGCCAAAAGAACAGGAAAUCCUGUCGUUUCAUCACCUCUUGACGUCGAUCUCGAUGAGGCGAUGGUUAAAGAGAGCGGCGAAUGUGAACCGGCCGUUUUGGACAGCGAAGAUUUGCUGUUUAAGCUCUACACAUCCGGCAGCACCGGAAACCCUAAAGGGAUUGUUCAUUCCCAAGCUGGCUAUCUUCUUUAUGCGUCGUUGACACAUAGUUUAGUUUUCGAUUGCAAAGAAGGAGACAUUUUUGGUUGCGUGGCUGACAUUGGAUGGAUCACGGGCCAUUCUUACGUCGUGUACCAACGGAGUCACGACUCUUUUGUUCGAGAGUACGCCAACAUAUCCCAAUCCAGGUCGAUAUUGGGAGACUGUCCAGCGUCUAAAAAUUAA